CUCCCAGCCUCAGACAUGUGUGAGCAGGCAGCCCGGUACUGCAGGACCAGCGUCCACAAGCUCCUGCAGCAGCAGCAGCCUCAGCUCCGGGGACUGGACGGGCUACUCCGCUGGAUCGUCACCAAGAUGAGCGACAAGAGUCAGGGGGAGAUGCAGGUGCAGGAGGCGGUGACUGGGGCGCAGGACAUGCCCAACCCGGGCACCAGGAGGGGCAUCUCUGUCAUCCUGGAUAUCUUCCGCCGAGCUGAUAAGAAUGAUGAUGGGAAGUUGUCCCUAGAGGAGUUCCAGACAUUUUUCUCAGAUGGGACCCUCAACGAGGAGGAACUUGAGCGGCUGUUUCACACCAUCGACUCUGACAACACCAAUAAUGUGGACACCAGAGAGCUCUGUGAUUAUUUUGCGAAUCACAUGGGGGACUAUGAAGAUGUCCUCUCUUCACUGGAGACACUCAACCUGUCCAUCCUGAAAGCUAUGGACUACACCAAAAAGGUGUAUGAGAAGGGCACCAAUGUUGACCAGUUUGUUACACGGUUCCUGCUGAAGGAGACAGCCAAUCAGAUCCAGUCGCUUCUCAGUUCUGUUGAGAGUGCUGUGGAUGCCGUAGAUGAACAGACAAAUCAGAUCAGACACUGCCAUAAUAAGGGACCAGGAAUGAUGGAUGGCUGGUAUGAAGAUGCUGUACCCACUUACUCUGCAAGUAGGAGUUCCACCAAGGAAUUAAGGAAGAGCAUCAAAAGUAGUUGCUCUGAUGUGAAGGAGGAAGGUCUGGAGGCUCAGAUUAACCGACUGGCUGAGCUGAUCGGGAGACUGGAAAAUAAGACACUGUCCUUUGAUUUGCACCAGAGACUGUCUGACAAUGAGAAUACCUCUUCUGUGUACCUUUUCUUGGUGCGGCAAGAAAUGAAAGUCUCCCAGAAGUCUGUGGGCGAGUUUUGCAGCUCUCUGAAGCAGUAUUUAAAGAAUGUAUCUGGAGAAGAUGAAUGCUUCCAUGUCGCCGCUGUGCGGCUACAAGACAACGUUACUUUUAUUGUCUAUGAAUUUUGGGAGGCAGAAGAGGACUGGAAGAGGCAUCUGCAGAGUGGACCCUGCAAACAGUUCCAGCAUGUAAAAGUGGAUACCCUUACUCAACCAGAAUCUAUCUCCACUAUGUUUGUGCCAGCUGCCUGGUGCACCCUGAGCCGGGAUACACAGCACACCAUCUGAAGCUGGCCGUAGUGUCAGUGGCUGCCUGAGCCUCCUGUUUUCAUCCCGCCGGGAGUCUUGAAACCAGUUUUGGCUGAGAUUCGUUUUCUUCUGAUGACUUUGUUCUAAGUGCUGUCUUUUAAAUCCACUUAGUGGGGGAAUGUAUUUGCUUGUAAUAAAAAAUAAAAAAUGGGAAACCGUGCUAGAACUCUUUCCCACUUAUGAAAUGCCUCAAAACAUACAUAUAAAAUACAUAACAGACCUGCUGAACGAUAGUGAGGGACCUGGCCAGCGAGUCGUGUAAAACCUGACCAUUAAUAGACCAGAUCACAGUCCGGAUCUACAGUAUUGUGCCAUGUGAUCCACAUCCUGUAUUUGUACAGUAACAGGUCACAGCCGGACCGGUAAUAUCCGUGCUGCUCGUCAGAGGGGAUUGUAUUCACCCCUGUUAGAUUUUGGACUACAUGAGACAAUAUGAAGGCGCUACCUUGCUGUGUACAUAUAAUUAACCUCUAGUAUCCUUAUUGUUGUCAGGUCUGUUCUGGCGUCCCGCUUCGGGUCAGAUUUUAUGGUCUGUUGGGUACCACGUGGCUCCCGCCACGUACCCCUAACAAUGCAUGGCUAGAUUCGGAAACUCGCUCGGACAGCUGACACUUAUCCUAGUAAUAGUCUUUAUUUUUAUCCUGGGAAUGAGAAAUUAUGCAGAAACUUCUAUGAAUGUUGAUAUUUUUUUUUUCUUAUUUUAUUUUCUUUCCCCCCAAUAAUGUUUGAUAUUCUAAAACUCUAUGUUAACUGAUCGCUGUUCGUAUGAGUUUCAAUAGUGCAAUGCAGAUUGCUAGAAAAAGUCAUUCCAAAGGAAUUAUUUAUUAUAGGAUAUGUACAGGCGAGUUCAUACCUAAUAAAGUAAAAAAAUAUA